UGUCGGUUUGUGUUCGUCCUCUGGCUGAUGAUGAGCCCUGUGGCAAGUGAGAACUGGCAGGCGGCGCGCGCUCAGUACACGCGAGAAACUGAAGAAGGCCGUUGGACUCGUACGUUGUAAAUUAUGUACAUAAGUUGCUGAUAUUUUCCGGAUACACAUGAAUGGCGUGUUGGUCAACUUUGAGCCGACAAACCGAGCAGCGAGUGAGAAAAUCUGUAGACCAACGGCAAGCAUCGUCUAAACUGGAUACACGUAUCCCAAGUGCUCCGCGCCCGUGUCUCACACAGACCGAGGAUCGACGACUCCGGUGGGGAUUUUCAACCUGACAACACCGCGAGAAGCCUUUGAAAUGUAAAGAGGAAAAAAACGACAGCAACAAGCGAACCUAGCGGAAUUUUUAUUUUUGUUUUGCCGAAGCUUUUUUAUUAUACAUUUUUUGAGCGUGUGUAAAAUAUUUUUGUAGGCAGAAAGUCCAGUGUAAAUCUCCUGUAAAUAACACCAAGGUUUGUAGAUAGAUAGCCUACUAUAUCCAGUUUUCUGUGAGUUUGCUAGCUAUUCAGUCUAAAAAACGCUGGACCGACGAGCUGCGAUGUUGCAUUUGGGUUUACUUGAAGAUUUCCGCAUCAGAGUUUGAAAUAAUAACAGUGCUGCUUACCCCAGCUGGCUUGAAAAAAACCUUCCUGGUUUCCUGUGUUUGUUUGAGCCCAGAGAUGUCUGAUUCUACUUGAUUAGCACUGAACAAGUCGCUCCUGAAGAAAAUGUAGGCAAUGUUGAGAAGGAAAGUGAAGAUAGAAACUUUCCAACUGUUGUGAUCUCACCCUGCUUCUGUGCUUCUGUAAAGCAGCAGAGUAAAAGAGUCCGAGGAAGACGACAGAGGAAAAGAGUGACAGAGUGACCAGUGUGAUCAAGGACAGCCUUCACCUGUAGCAGUCUCUUAACACGUUAAAAUAAGUGAGAGGGUGACCACAGAAAAAGAGAGAGACGGGGACUGACGGAGGAACAAAGGUUUGGAGGAGGAGGUCUAGCAGGGGUGGGAAAGCCCAUUCCCCAUGGCUACUGACCCAGGAGAGCCCGCAGGCACCGAGGAUUCCUCGGAGAAACCUGAUGGACAGAAGGAGGAGGACCCGGAGUGGGAGGGCAGGGUCGACCAACAGAGGGAGAGGACAGACAGCACCCCUAUGGACUCAUCCUCCUCCCAGACAGAAGCAGGGAGAGCAGCAACAGAAGAAGAUGGAGGAAUCAGAGGAGGCGGCGGUGGAGGAGAAGCCUCCCAGGAGGAGACCGUACUCAGACCUAUUUCAUUCUCCACACCCUCCCUGCCCAUCGAUACAGGUCAGAAACGACUAAGAAGGGAGAAGCGCUUCUUCAGGAAGAGCGUGGAGAUUUGUGAGGAAGACGACGAGGUGGAUGUGCCCACCUUGGCAUCACACAGUGCCCCCCACCUGGAGCUGCGCUCAUCAGACUCAGUCUUUAGUAGUAGUCCCCAGCAGCAUGGGGUUGCUUCAUCCUGUGCAACCGUGGGACAUGAACCGUCUUGCACCAGCUCGGUCCAUGAGCCUGGGAAAGAUGCUCCUUCAUCUGCACCUGUACCGAGGGGGAAGGAGAGGGACCGAGAACAGGAAGAGGAGGCAGAGAUGAAAGCUGUUGCUACCUCUCCUGGAGGAAGGUUCCUCAAAUUUGACAUAGAACUAGGCAGAGGAGCCUUCAAGACCGUCUAUAAAGGCCUAGACACCGAGACUUGGGUGGAGGUGGCUUGGUGUGAACUUCAGGAUCGCAAGCUGACCAAGGCAGAGCAGCAACGCUUCAAAGAAGAGGCAGAGAUGCUAAAGGGGCUUCAGCACCCCAACAUCGUCCGCUUCUAUGAUUCCUGGGAGUCUGUACUUCGUGGAAAGAAGUGCAUUGUACUAGUCACUGAACUCAUGACAUCAGGAACACUCAAAACUUACCUGAAGCGCUUUAAGGUGAUGAAACCCAAGGUCCUUAGAAGUUGGUGCAGGCAAAUUCUGAAAGGCCUUCACUUCCUUCACACCAGGACUCCACCAAUUGUCCAUCGGGACCUCAAGUGUGACAACAUUUUUAUAACAGGCCCCACAGGAUCAGUCAAGAUCGGUGAUCUGGGACUGGCCACUCUUAUGAGGACCUCCUUUGCAAAGAGUGUUAUAGGAACCCCGGAGUUCAUGGCUCCAGAGAUGUAUGAGGAGCACUAUGACGAGUCUGUGGACGUAUAUGCCUUUGGGAUGUGUAUGCUGGAGAUGGCUACUUCAGAGUACCCCUACUCUGAGUGCCAAAAUGCUGCUCAGAUCUAUCGCAAAGUCACAAGCGGUAUAAAGCCAGCCAGCUUUGACAAAGUAAAUGACCCAGAGAUCAAAGAGAUCAUUGAAGGCUGCAUUCGUCAGAACAAAAGCCAGAGACUCUCCAUUCGAGACCUGCUGAACCAUGCUUUCUUUGGGGAGGACACAGGCGUCCGGGUGGAACUAGCUGAGGAGGACACAGGCAUCCAGGACUGCCUGGCUCUCCGAAUUUGGGUUGAAGACCCCAAGAAGCUGAAGGGGAAGCACAAGGACAAUGAGGCCAUUGAGUUCAGCUAUGACCUGGAAAAUGAUAGUGCUGAAGAAGUGGCUCUAGAGAUGGUGAAAUCAGGCUUCUUUCAUGAAAGUGAUGCCAAAGUGGUCGGAAAAUCCAUCCGGGACAGAGUGAACCUAAUCAAAAAGUCAAGGGAGCGUCGACAGCAGCAGGUCCUUCAGCAGCAGGGCUUUGAAGAACGAAGAGACUCCACUCUCACUUCCUACACCUUUACUCAUCCAUCUUACCCAUCCUCGCUGGUGCAAGGGGCAGCUGGACACACGGGAGACGGAGGGGGAGGUGGAGUGCAGGAGUCCGAGGAGCUUCCUGAAGUGGACCAACAUGUCAGGCAGCAAAAUAUUUUCAGUGGGGCAACCCUAAAUAUGCCAGAAGGGGAGAGCAUCGGAUCUGCAAGCUGUGAAUCUUAUGCAAGUGGACAGAGCCAGGCAUACUCUCUGCAGGGGGACUCAUAUACCCACUCACAGACCUCAUUACCCACAGUUGCAUCUAGCACUGGUGCAUUGCCUCAUCCUCAGAUGCCCCCCAUUGGUGAGAGUACAAGUGUUGCUACUAUACCUCUUGGGCCGAGCGUUAGUAUGACAAGCAUGUCCUUAGGACAAAGUGGAGGAGGACCCAUGGGUCAGACAUUUCUUCACUCCGGUACCGUGGUUCCGCAGGUAUCACCAAGUGUACCUCAACAAUACUUUCAGUCACAAACAUUCCCAUCAGAUGAUUUUCAAACCGCCACUCCCCACGGAUCAGUUGCCCCUUCACAGCCAUACAUACCACCUGUUUCCCCACAGGCACCCAUUAAUGUUCUCACUGCAUCCAUGCCAGUCAGUGAUACUGCUGGACUAGCAAGGACAAUUGUGCCCCACGCUCAGCAGACCCAACACCCUGCCACUCCCAUGCAGAUCACUGACAUCAUUUCCCAGGCCGCACCCCAACAAACACAGUCUGUCGUGAUCCCCCAGCAGACUAUUGUCCCACAACAACAGAUGGGAAUGGAUCCCCAGACCUCCACUCUUCAUUUGCAGCAGCAGCAGCCACAACUGCAAAUAGGGGGGCAGUCAGCUGAGCUUGAACAACAACAAGUUACUGCCGCUCAGCCUGCAACAGAACAGCAUCAACACAGCCUUUCAGCUACGUCCAUCGAGAAACAUCAGUCUGAGACUCAGCAGCAGAUCUGUGUACAGCAGUCUGCCCCACACGUCCAGCCGGCUUCACAGCAGCAUGUGUUCACACCACAAACAGGUAUGGAGCAGCGAGCUAUGCAAUCAGCAGGGGAUCCCUGUGAACAGAUAAUGCUACAAUCACAACAACAGCUUCAGCAACAGCAAACUUUGUUACAACAGCAGCAGCAAAAAGAGCAGCAGCAACAAGCUUUACUGCUUGAACAACAUCAGCUGUAUGUCCAGCAACAGCUUGAUCAGCAACAACAAAGAGCACUGCUUCAACAGCAGCAGCAAGCCCAGCUACAGCAGCAGCAAGCGCUUCAACAAAAGCAACUGUUGGAUCAACAGCAACAAGCUCUCAUUCAGCAGAAACAAGAGCAGCAGCAACAAGGUCUUGGACCGCAAGAGCAACCAAUUUUUCAGCAUCAGUUAGAGCAACAACAACCAAAGCAACCUCCUUCACAGCAACAGAGUCAGUUAUAUCAACAAAUUGGACAGCGCCAAACUGGAACACAAAAGGAAACAGAGAAUCAGCAACAAAGCGGGCGAAACGAGCAACAAAUUGUAUUGCAGCAGCAUCCCCAGCAGACGCAGCAGCAGAAUGAACAACAACUGCAACAGCAGGCCUUGAUCCGGCAAAUGGAACAGCAGCAGGCGCUGAUACAACAGCAGUUAAUGCUACAGCAGCAGCAGCAGCUUCAACAGAAAGCUCAGCUGCAGCAACAAGAGCAGCAACAGGCGCAACUCAAACAGCAGAUAGAGCAGCAGCAGCAAGCUCUGUUGCAGCAACAGUUAGAGCAGCAGCGUCAACAGCAAGUCCUGUUACAACAGCAAGCAGAACGAUUACAGCAACAGGCUCUAAUGAAGCAGCAGUUUAAAGAGCAGCAGCAAGCUUCCAUCAUUCAACUUCAGCAAACUGAAAAACACAAAGCUGUCCCUAUGCCACAAAGCAACAGUGAGCAGCAGAUUCAUCAUCAACCAACCGAUAUGCAGCAGAUGUGCAUCCCACAACUGAACUCUACUCAGUUUACACCUCAUGCUUCUCAGAUGAUAGAGCAACAGCAGCAAGUAGCACUGAUGCAGCAGCAGCAGGCAUUUGUUGCCCAACCACAGCAGCACACAUCUGUAAUGGAACCUCACAUAUCAGUUGGCGCACCAGUCGGUACUGAGGUCAUUCAUCACCAAACUUAUAUUAUAUCUCAGGGCCAAGUGCCCAUGACCAUUCCUACUACUGUUCAGACGCCUGCAAGUGUCCCAGCUCAAAUCCUCACACAGCAAGGACAAAGUGAGGCUCAGCCCCAGAACCAAGGCCAGAGCCCAGCCAAGUUUAUAGCUCAGUCUGCAGCCCAAGCACCUCAAGCUAUGACAGAGGGCCAGGUAACUACCCCAUUAUCAUUGAUUCAGGGACACACACAAGUCAUCCAGAGCCAGCAGGUUCCUUCCCAGAGUAGUUACCCUGGGCCUGUUACUCCCACACAGAGUCAGGUAACUUCUCAGCCAAUCCAGGCUCAUCCUCUGACCACAACCUUUACUCAGCCGCAGCCACUGCAUGGCCAGGUCCCAAAGGCUGAUGUUCAAAUGAUGGGUCAACAAAGUCAAACUACUGUCCAGCCUCCAGGUGCAGUUGCUUCAAUCCCCAGUCAGAUUCAACAUGAAACUCUUAUUCAGCAAAAUGCUCAAAUGCCAGCGCUCACCCAGCCCCAGAUCCAACAACAAACUCAAGGCCAGCAAGCCAGCCAGUUGCAUGCUCAGUCUGCUGCUGGUCCUCUGACCAGUCAGUAUGUCCCUCACCCUACCCAGCAAGCCAUACCACCUGUACAGUCUGAUAUAACUCAUAUUACCCAACGGCUGGAACAACAGCACCCAGUAAUCCAGUAUCAGCAGAUGAUUCUGUCACCUGGCUCAGCUGGAAGUUGUGGAACUAAAACAGAUGGUCUCAGUUCAGUAGCUGCCCCUCUUCAUCCUAUACAGACCAAACAAGCACACGUCCCAGGCCAAAGAUCACUACAUGCAGUUGUUCAGGGUGACCCUUCAGUAAUUCAGUCCAUCUGCCAGCCUGCUGUUCCUCAGUAUACCGAGCAGUACCAACAACAGCUGCAGAAGCUUUCUCACGUGCAGCAAUCUCUCGCCAUGCCACCCCCACAGACCCAGCUACCGGCACUACCCAGCUCAACUCCCGUUCAGCAACCACUUCCUCUGAAACCAGCUUUGAUAACCUUUGACGAGAGUCAGCUUCCCUCACAGUGUCAACCUACUUCCCCUCUAAUGACCAUUGCUCCUGGACAAUUAGGCCCCAAUAAUGUGGCUGAGCCUCAGUCCCAGGGCAACACCCUGUCUCUGUAUAGCCACCUAGUGCUAGGUGCCCCUCCUUCCCCACAGCACCAUCCCACGCAGAUGCCACCAGCUCACACACAAACACAAGCCAGCAAUCAGGCCCAAGCACACUCUCAAACACAGAUACACACUCAGACACACUCUGAGACGCCUAUAUCUGAGCAGCCUAUUUUGCCCCAUGCUGUCUUUCCUGCACAGCAAGUGCCCCUAAGCCCUUUGCAUACCUCAUGUCCUUCUACACUAUCAUCUCUUACAUCCCUGCCAUCCACCUAUCCUGCUGUUGCCCCUGCUCCAGAGCUGCCUACAUCUUCACCAGCAGCCCAGGUAACCUUACCAGCGCAAGUCGACUUUAUGCCCACCUCCCCUCUGCCUGUUACUGCUCUACAAUCACUUGAUUCUAAUGCCCCCAAACCCAAACUGACCCAAGGCUCGCUGCAAGACUGUGACCUUUCCCUGCUGGGCAUUGCUCAGGUACAAGAAGAUGGUCCUUGUAAGACAAGUGCAGAUCGUCAUUCUUCAUCAGGGUCUAUACCAGCCAGUGGCGAAGACCCCUUGCAGCUCUUGGCGAAUGGAAAAUUAGAGAAACUUAAGUCUCAGAGACGAGCUUCCAGCCAGAAGUCUGAGAAACACCAGUUUCAACUGAGCAUGCUUCAGGUGUCCGGCAGUGGGGACAAUAUGGUGGACUGUCAGUUGGAGACUCACAGCAACAAGAUGGUGACAUUUAAGUUUGACAUUGAAGGGGAUGCACCCGAGGACAUAGCAGACUACAUGGUGGAGGAGGACUUUGUCCUUGAUGUGGAGAAAGAAACAUUUGUUGAGGAGCUCAGAGCGAUAGUUAAGAAAGCCCAUGAAAUUCUUCAGACACAUUCAGAGACUGGAUCGACUGACCAGUUACAAGUCAGCACUCCCACUUACUCCAUGGACCCAGUGCCCCAUUCCUCCCCAGUGGGACGUUGGCGGUUCUUUAUCAACCAGACUAUCCGCCACAGAGACUCUCUGUCCAGUCAGGGAGCAACCACACCAUCACCCACCGCAGAGACAAGGAUUCCCCAGUCUCCUAAAAGAGAGAAAGAAAGUGAAGGAUCCCAAAGUCUGGAGUCCUUGAGUGGAAUGAGCUCUCCUUCCUACCCCACCCUUUCUGCCACCUCCCCCCCAGACUCCACUGCUUCAGUACCUACUUCCAUGAGCCCCUCUGCUACCGCAGCCCCUGCUCAUCACACAGCACCUGAAACCAGGCCUGGACCAGCCUCUGUCCCUGUCACCACCCCAACUGGCCUUAUCUCAGCUUCUGCUGACCAAAUUUCUAUUGCUCCUUUAACUACAGCAACAUCUGCUGCUGCUCCCGAUGCUAACCUCACCAGCUUGUCCACUGCUCCUGCUGUUGUGUCUCCCUCACCCAUCACUAUUCAUCCUGAUAACCUGACUUCUCCUGGAACCAGUGUUUGUUCCACUGCGAGUCAAAGUGUAGAUGAUACUCUGAUCUCUGCUUCAAGGCCCCGUAUGUCUGCCGUGGACCAAUCUUCAGCCUCUUUUCAUUCCCCUUCUCCUGCUGUAGUCAUCCCUUCUACUGUAAGCCAACUUGGCAUAGAGCAGCAGCAGACAUACCCCCAAGUAGCCCAACCAGCCCCACAACAGCCACACCAACAGCUACAGUCUGCAUCACAGCAGCAAGUACCGUCACCACAACAGAAACUGCAGUCCCAACAUCAGGUGUACCACGAACAAGUACCACUUCAGCAGUCUCUCCAGCAGUUGCAUCCGCAGCAGCUAAUUCAAACACAAAUACCACUUCAACAACAGCUGACUGAGGUGCAGGGAAUGUCUCAGCAUUGUCAUUCAGAGGUGUUACAGCAGUCUCUGCCUCUGCCACCUUUUCCUCAGCAGCCAACCGAACAACCCCUUGUUCAACAACAGACAUCAACGUUUGCCCCACAGUUGCUGCAGCAGCCUCAGUUACAGCAGUUACAACAGCAGAUUAUGAGUCCUGCUGGUCCAUUGCCCCCCAAACAAGCCCACAUCGAUCAACAGCAGCAACAGUUAAACCUACAACAGACAUUACACUUACAGCAGCAGCAGCUACAGCAGCAACAGCAGCAGAUGUUUAUGGGUGCUGCAAUUUUGAACCCAGAUCAAAACCAAAUGCUGCCCCUAUCAGUUAGUCAGCAGUUUCUUCAGCAGCAGACACAGCUAAAUGUUUGCCCAGUACCACAACAGCAGGUCCCACAACAAACCCAAGUGCCUGUUGAGCUGUUAUCACAACACAUACAGGCACAGAAACAAUCACAAUAUACUGAGCAGCAACAGGAGAUGGUUAAAGCUGUGGACACACCCCUCAAACAGCUGCAGUUUCCACUACAGAAGCAGUCCUCCUUACAGAUGUCAGAGUCAGAGGUGUCCACGGGAGAGACAAGUGUCACAGAGGACACGGGGAGUUAUUCUGCCCCCUUUCAUCCCUCCUCUGACUCCUCUCUGCCACCUCUGCAUCUGGGAACUGCUGACACCCCCUUACCCACAUUCUCCCACGUAAUGACGCCAUCCCCUGUUCAACCUUCCUCCGUAGCCGAGUCAGACAGCGAAGGCCCCCCCAAAAUUGAAUUUGUAGACAACCGCAUAAAAACCUUGGAUGAAAAGCUAAGGAAUUUGUUGUAUCAGGAGUACAGCAGUGGGACAGCACUGGCUGGGGGAGCUACCUCUGGCCCAACAUCAGCUGCCUCCACAUCAGCAGGUGGUGAUGAGUCAUCAGAGCCACAGUCAAUCCACCACUCAUCUUUCCCCCCACCUGCCUCCAUCUCAGAUACUUCCCCACAGUCCUCAUCCUCCACUACUUCCUCCACCACCUCCCGUUCGUCUUCCACCUCUCCUGACCCAGAGAGAGAAGGAGGUGGAGAGAAAGCUUCCAAAGAGGUGCCAAACUCUAUGGAGUUGGACCCAGUGGAGCAGCAGCUUGGCCCACGACUCCUCACCACCUCUGUCUCAUCCAGCCCACCCACCCCUCUUCUGCCUCCCAAUCAGGAUGACUCUGCUGGGCCCCAACGCCCACCUGUACCAGGAGAACCAACCAUUCUUGCUGUACCCUCACAUUCUGACACCAGUGCCAUUGGAGACGCAUCAUGGCCCCCCAAUCAGCAACCGAUCCCCCUCCGGCACGGACAGCAGCAGCACAAUGCAGGAGAAGCAGAUUCAAGCAGUCAGCUGUUUAAAGAUGGAAAGGCAGGAGCACCACUUAAUCCACCGCAGCCUUUUAAAGGACGUUUUCAGGUGACUCCAGUGCCCCAGACCUCUCCUCCAAAGGAUCGACCAUCGGGCCAUGGUGGCACUCACAGAAAAGUUGGCCGUUUCUCUGUGACCCAGACUGAGACUAAGAAAGAUGACAGGCAGACUGACAGCUCGCCAGUGUCUCCUGAUUUGGUGAGGGAGAGGAGGAAAUCUCGGGCAAAGGAAGGAGAUAAAGAAGAAAGUAAGAGAACUCCAUCAAUGGCCCACGCUGCUCGAGGUCCUGGCCACAGCCACUCACCCCUUGGAAGCAGUGACGAUGAUGAUGAGAGUGAGCUGGAGGAUGAAGACCUGCGGAAAGAAUUACACAAGCUCAGAGAAAAGCACAUCAAAGAGGUGGUUUCCCUUCAGGCUCAGCAGAACAGAGAGCUCCAGGAGCUGUACAGACAGCUUCGUUCCCUCAAAGACCAAAGACAGAGUCUGCCUGCCUCCCUAUCUCGUACCCCUCCUCUUCCUGCAGCGCCCCCUGCCCUCUCACCUCGCAGGCCCAGGCCAACCAAAACAAAGUUUCGGCCCAGGCCUCACUCUCACGUAGACAACAAUGGAGUUACACAUGCUGGGAUUCAGCAGUCAAGCAGCUUUUCGGGUAGUGAAAAGAAUAGGCUUUCACUGUACUGCAAGCCAGCGCACCUUACUACGCUACCUGCUAAAAGAGAUCACAGUCCUCUAAGAAAAAGUACAUUCACAGACGAGCUGCACAAACUUGUUGAUAAUUGGACAAAGGAGACGGUGAGCACCACCCCGCCUAAGCCUUCACUGAAUCAAAUUAAGCAGAUUCAGCAGGUGCAGGAGUUGGGAGGCUGGAGCCAGGGAACUGAGGUGGCUCCCCCAGGUUGGUUUCCAGUGGCACAGGCGCCCACAACCCCUGCCAGUUUGACUGUGGCACCCUCUUCCCAUUACACGGGUGGAGGAAGCCUGUCCACCCUGCACUCUCCAGGACCUCCACCACAAACACACAUGGCUCAAGUCCCGCAGAUGCAGCAAAGUUUACACCUUCAUCAGUCUCUCCCCCUCCAGCAGAUUAGCUAUCCACAGUCCCAACUCUGCCAGCAGAUACCACAGCCCCUGAUGCAAACUCCCAUGCAGUCUCAGUCUUUAUCACAGACACCACCCAUCGCCCAGCCUCAAAGCCAACCGCUGCUGCCUUCCCAAAUGCCCACAUCACCAGUGUCCACAGCUACAUCUUUGCUGCCUGGUAGUGGUACCGCUGCACCCACAGAUAGCGCUGCUGCUGCUGCUGCUGGUGGGGCAUUUUGCUCCUGCUCCUCACCCUCUUCCACCUGUUCCUCAUCGUGCUCUACUGCUGCUCUACCUACCAGUGCCAAAAUUCACCAAACACCCCCCACCUCUACUCUUCCUCUGGGACAGAAAUGAAACCAGGUGAAGUGUGAGGCCAAUAUGAAGGUCCAAGAGAUGGACGUAAAGCAGAUCCAUUUAGAGCGUUAGUUCUGUGUACGUGUGCGAGAGUUGUGACUGCAAUGACAUAUGGGUUCUAGUGUACUUGUGGAUGUGAUGGGAAAUGAAUGUGAAAGAAAGGUGAUAGGUUGUAGUAUGUACAGGCAGAGGGUAAUGUGGAGCAUGGCUGGGGUUUCUGAAUCAGUAUUGAGCUGUAUAAAGUCUUUGAUGUAUGAGUGUGUGCAUUUAUGAGUGUGGGUGGAUUAUUUGAGUACAUAUCACUUCUGUCUUUGGACACAAGAUAACAUUAACGUUUUUGUUUGCAAACCAACUCAGCGGGACCUGAAAUCUCCCUAAGCAGAGACGAGAAGGACAAAAUAUUUGACGGCGUUGACAUUUUUCUUUGGAUUUGUCAACGCUUACAGUGAAAGGACUAUCAAUUUUUAAAAGUGCAAUUAGUAAUGAUCAUCUAAAUUGAUCAGCACGUAUUGUUUUCAUUUGUCUUUAAGGCAUAAAAUAUUUUUGUAGAAGCACAAUGAUUAAUACCUGAUGCAUAGGGGAUUUUGUUCAGCAUAUUUUAAAACUGUAAGCCUACAGAUCAAGUGUUUCAAAUGCAAUCAGAAAAAAAACCCCAACCUGACAGCAGCAUGUUUCAGAGGUCAGCACUUAUCCGGCUAUCCAUUUAACUGCAGUGCAAACAAACACACUGUCGAGGUGUCGUGUACCUGUACAGCAUGUGCUUGAUUUUCUAUUGUUUUAUGUUUGUAACAAAAUUAAUAUGACCAGAUGAAUACAUAAUAUGAUGGUAAAUUCAAAUCUGCCAUCUCUGUUCAGUAAAUAUUUGGGUGCCUUCGACCCAGGACUGCAUGAUUUUAUGGCCGGCUUGACUCGCCUAGUGCAAACUGCUUGCACUUGCUGUAUAUUCAUGAAUCUCACAGUUACUGUUUGCAGCCCAUUGAGGUAACAAGUCAUAUACAUUUGCUUUCAACAUGAUAUGAUUUCACAUUUGACAUUUUCCUUUAUUUCUGCUGCAUAUCAUCUAUACCAGUGCUGAAGAGGACGAUUUAAAAGGAAAAGAAAAAAAACUGCCAAGUUAUCAUUAACUAAAUUAUAAAGGUAUUCUCAUAUUGCCUUUUUCUAAAGAUACUGCAUUUUUGUGAGCGUGUGAGUUUAUUUUUUUCUGUGUGACAAAGUGUUGUAAUAGUCCUGGUAUAUUGCAUUAAUUCAUGCAUCAAAGCAGCCUCUCAAAUGUCACUGUAUUCAAGUGGAAUUGUUUACGCUGCCUAUGUUUUAGGCUUACUUUCUAAAAAAAAAAAAAGAAGAAGAAGAAGAAGAAAAGGAAAACAACAGAAACAAAACAAGUGAGCUCUUCAGUCAUACACCAGUUCUAAGUUUGAUGUUCAACACCAAUGUGAGAUCCUCACAUGCUCAUGUGUCAGCUUUGUUUGGCAUUGUACAAAUUCCUUGUUUUAAUUGUGAGCAUUUAAUUAUUAAAUAUAGCCUGUUUGAAUUCAAUGAUCAGAAGAUGAAAUGUGGGCCACUGUGCUUUACGCACACAACUAAAGGUUUACUCGAGUCAAACAUCCUUCAUUUCUUGAUUUCUUAACUCAUUUUGUAGAUGCAGACAUUCAGAGUAAUAUAUCACCAGCAGAUAUAUUACCGUACACUCUGACAGCUUAUCAGCCAUACACACAUUAGACCAUCGAUGGUUAGGUGUUAAUACAUUUUUUUGGUCUAAUAAAUAGCCAGUAGUCAAAGCGGUAUUUCUGAUUUAUUAAUAAUAGAUUGUGUGCCACAGAAAACAGGUGAUUUAACAGACAAAGACUGCUAAAUGUAAAUCAAAGGCAUGAAACACGAGUGGUUAAGAGGAAUAGUUCAUGCCAAGUGGUAUGGUUGUUCAGAAGCGGCAUAAUCUAGAAUAUAAAUUUACAGUACUCAGUAUGUGUUGCUUUUCAAGACUACCCACGUUUUCACAGAGAUGUACUGUAGUUCAUUAUUAGUGGAGGUGUGUGUGUUGUCAUGUCUGAUACUAACAUGCAUCUAACAAGCUACAGCUUAAUGAUUAUGACUCAUGAAGAGAAGCUGACUUUGUCCUUGAAGUGUUACCAAAAUGUUAUCGAAAAGACAAAGAUUAUUUUUGUAUUUUGGAAUGAGGUUGUACAAAUUGUAAAAUUGUGUUCUCCCCGCUACAAAUCAGAGGUUAUUUGAAACUAGAAAACUGGUUUUCAUCCAUGUUUACGUGGGACUCCCUGUCUUGCUUUAACUCUGACAGGCGAAGCUCAUUCCGGAUCAUAUUCAGAUCAUUUUUGGUUAUUUUGCCAUCAUAUUUUAGUUUUGAACCACUGCAGCCCAGAUGGUACAUAAAGUAAUGACACCUCACCUUCCCACUGAGCUUUAGGUCACAUUAAAUUAAAUUAAAAUUAAAUUAAUACAAAUUAAACAGAAAAUCUGGGGGCUCCCAAAAUGGCACAAUUGAGAACCAUGGUUAAAAAGUACAUUUGGGCAGAAAAGAAAACUAAAGGAAUAAUGUAUGUUGCGGGUGAUUUAGCCUCUGUAAAUUCUAACGAAUUCAUCUGUUGAUUUUAUUUAUGUUUUGUAACUAAUCAAAAUAAAUGAUGUCAAACAUCAAA